AUGAGUGCUCAGGCACCUACCGAUGAUACCGAAAAAGCCUCAAGUCCCCAGAUACUACCUCCUGGAGGUCAUGAGAUUCCCAUAGCUCUUCUUCACACCCAUGAUGGCAAGCCGGUCAUUAUCGGAAACUUUGUCGACAAUCUAGACACAGGACCCCCCAUGCUACUUCGUUUGGGCACAAGAGUCAGCGAUAGAUAUCCUUCGUGCCUAGGAUUUCGUUUGAUGUUACGAAGCCAUGGCACACCAGCUCAACCACUAGAGGCCAUGGAAGAUUCAUAUUACGUUGUCUCAGUCAGAUUCAGACCCCAUGGGCAAAAUAGUGUCCGUCAUACACGGGCAAGUAAUGAUGACUUUCGUAAAGUCGUUGGAAUCGAUCCACCUCAUCUAGCUGCUUUGUACCGUGUGGACUUCCUGAACGCCGGGAAUGGAUUUGAAGUCACACAUCACGGAACGAAGCCUAACAAUUCAGAGUCGGUAGUAGGGGCUUUACAACAGCUAGAAGUAAUCAUCCGCUGCGAGCUAUUAUCUCUUUUCCUUCCGUACGACAAGUAUAUCGUAUCCUGGCUUGUGAAGGCCAUUGAAAACAACGGGAUUGGCAUCAAGGGCCCAGUCUGGUCGGACGCUUUGCCAGCGUCUGCAGAAAAAAUCUGGCCAGCCAACAAUCAGAUUCAAAUGGCGGAAGGUUCUGCUGAUCCCCUUAAUGUGCUGCGGAAGGCGUUACGUGAACCCAUCCUGGACGACGCACCCGUUACGGCGCUCAAUGGGAGACCGAGAGCGCGCCAAUUUAGGGCCUUUGCGGAAGCAAUGCUACCAUGUCUACAGAAGUCUGCGUCGAAACUCGACCCUAUUUUACUAGAUGUUCAAGGAGGACGAUGCUUUGAGAUACCCUUUGGCGGUUCGAUGUACAAUAGACUGAACACUAAUGCUGCCAUGCAUGUACUCCAUUUGAUGCUCCAUUCUGGUAUACAGAUGACGGACAUCGGUAUCGUUACAUUCUACCCUAGCCAAGCUGCCGUUUAUCAGGACCUCCUGAAGGCACUUCAGGCUCGAUAUCCUUCACACGGCUACAGUGGCGUCAAAGCGGCCACAGUUGAUGAUUGGGUCGGGAAAGAAAUCGGUAUUGCUAUCGUCGACUGCGUCAGGACCGCUAACGGAGGUGGUAAUCUCGGGCUUCUCUCACAAACGCGGCGCUUGAAAGUCGCCCUCUCGAUCCAUCGCGAUGGACUGAUCCUAAUUGGUGAUCGAGAAUGCACGACAAGCGCAGGCGCGGAGGGCAAGAUUACUAGUACGAAACUGGAAAAACUAUUUCAAUGGUUCGAGGAUAACGGGCGAAUGGCAAAGAUGGACUCUCUGGGGAAGCCCGUUGAUCUCGACAGCCGACGCAUGUGGACAGUAUUGGACAAAAACCAUAACGCUACAGGUAGAUUCUUUGCAGGUAACGACCCCCAAGAGGCUCAGCUGAAAGCCGACAUUAAAGUUCAGACUUCACCAAAUGGCAUGCCAAAGUUAGCUACCCCUACUGAGAGAAUACUUCAAUCCACGACGCCAGAUUCCCCAUCAGAGCACCGACCGAGCGCUCCCACACCUUCAGCAGCAAUUGACGAGUUCAAGUACAGGCGUUUACCUCCAAAUGAAAAAGCUGCAGCGUCGUCGUCUUUUGCCCGUCAAGGACUGCUGAACUCGGGUUUGAUACAAAAUAGUACCAUUCCGGAACCCGAAAGCCCAACGCAAGUGAGCGGUGAUACCAGCCAAGCACCUUCCAACUCAAUUUCCCACGGUAGCCCUUAUACUCAGGAACGGAACGCGCCUGUGCAAAGAGCCCAACAAAACCCAUUCUCUAUCGCGCGUCAGAAGGUAGCUGAAGCUCAAGAGAACCUAGACCCUCUUCAAAAACCUACAAAGUUAGGGCAAGUGGAGACAGCGAAAGGCUUAGGCAAGUCUGUCAGCAAUCAGGCAUUCCCAGCUCCUGUCUCUGCAGAGAACGUACAAGCAAGCCCACGAGAUCCUCCGCUAAGGCAAUUUCCCCCACGUCAGAAUGACCACAGCCCUUCGCUUGCCCAUGACACUCACCGUUCGUCUAUACAAGGACUACCUAGUCAGCAAACCAAAGAUUUCCGCUCAUCGUAUCUUACAAGAUACGACUCCAUUCGAUCGCUAUUUUCGACGUUUAACGUACCUUCUUCGCCGGGCAAGGGUUUCAAGCCGAAGCCAGGAGCGAAUUCCGAAGAGAACCGUCUAUUCAGACAGUUGGGUGAUGCAUUCAUUAGCGAGGAUGCGAAAGGCUUCAACGUCGCUUAUUCGGGACUGCUGUCCCUGGCUAAUAGAUUGCAUCUGGAUGCUAGCGAGGGAGAUGAGGAUUGA